AUGGAUCCGCCCCUGGCUCCAAGCCCGGGGAGGCGCUGGCUUUUGGGUCUCCUCGUCUUGGUCGCGUGGUUUCAGGGCCCGACUUCCGAGGGCUUCUCAGGUCUCUUCCAGGCGGACAGGAAUGCCCAGCUUGCUGCAAUCGCUCGGCGGGCAGCCCCGACAUCCUACAGCGGAAAGAAGCUCAUCAUCAAGUUGCCCAAGGCCCAAGGCUUCCAGACGAUGGCCGACAUCCCCAAGGAGCAGUUUGUGCAGCCGGUGGAGCGCAACACACGCCACCAGAGGAAGAACUUCUGGGAAUUCUCCAGGGCCGGCUACAAUGUCAGCGAGGUCUUCGUCCGAUACGAGGGUCUGACGCCCUGGAAGCGCGUGGGCGAGGUCGUUCACAAGGAGGGCGACUUCAGGGAAGCGAUUCAGUGCCAGUACAAGUAUUUGAUCAGACGUGCCUACUAUCUUUAUCGGAAGUUCCGCUAUUGGUACCCGAAGUCGAACCCGGUGCAGUUCGGCUACACAGACACUGAAGGUGAGAUAGUGGUGGUUGACGAUGGGCCUCCGGAUCUGGGCCUGGAGCCGCAAGAGCUCAAGGAAAUGCUGCUGAGAAGCGGGUUCCUUGGGGCUAACAAGCCCCGACACUGGCGGCACAUGCACCAGAACAUCAAGGAUCUGUACUCAACCAAGAAGGACCACCACAGAAAGAAGAGUUGGCUCAUGAAGCGAGAAUACAACUACAGGGUCGACGCACAUAAGUGGUGGAAUCCCCGGAAGUACCGUGGGCGCUACAUGCAAGUGCAGACCAGGAAGCGGGGUCACGGGGACAGGUCCAUCGAGAUGACUUCCCUUUUCCGUGCUCCGUGCAAUUGUGGCAGUGUUGCCCUGUGCUAUCGUGGUCUCACCCAGGAAGAGAUGGGAGGUCUCGGCUUUGGCGAGGGCGAGGUGGCGAUGAAGAUCCUGCUCGCCGAGCUACGCUGCAUCAAGGUCGAUGCCCAAGGUCAUGUCGCGUGCACAAAGUUGCACCAGAAGCUGAAACGUGUGUGGCUUCAAGGAUACAUACUGUGCAGGGACGGUGAUGACAUCGUGGACCUGGACGAUGGAUCAGCAGUGAUGAGCUUGGACGUGGGAGGGCUCAUUUCCUCGAGCCCCGCGACCAGUGCAGCGCUCCAGGCGGGGCGGUACGUGUCGUGUGUCUGUGCGGUGGAGUUCCAUCCCCAGGAGGGGAUUCUGGACCUGCACGUGGAAAGCGUGUGCCCGUUGGAUGAUCCAGGCGACUCGCUGGCCGAGCCCUUCUGGUUUCUCGAGGUCGCCCGGUCGCACCAGCUGAGAGCCUCCAGCACCGCUCGCCCCUAG